AUGAACUACGACAAAAUCGGCAGGAACAGAUCAUUAUGGUGCGGAGGUGGAACGAAGGGCGGCGGCGGCGUUCGCCUCCAUCCCAGGAGAUUUUCUGUGUCCAGACUUCGGAAAAAUUUCAUCUUUCUUUUCGGGGUCUUGAGGAGAUGGAGAAAUUCUUACAAGAAGGCCCUCAGACAGCUUAGGGGAGAACUUGCCAGAACAAGUCGAGCCAGCCCGAGGAAAAAUGUUAAUUCUAGAGUUGGAUUUGGGUAUUCAAGCGGUUCGAAUUAUUAUUCGGGUCGGGCUGUGAGGACGAUGGCCCAUUCGAACUCCUUCUGCUCGGAAGCCAUAGCCGACUGCUUGGAGUUCAUCAAGAGGAACUCUGUUUCUGCAGAUGAUGAGACAACCCCUAUUCUGCUCAACCAAAGAUAG